GCCGAUUUCACUCACGUUUCACACUCAAAGUGGUGCAGUCACCCAGCAUCCAAAGCAGCAGAGCACCCGCAGAGCAGAGCACUGAUGGUUAAUGUUAACCCUAUUUAAAGUUGGAAAAUUCUGAGAGUGUUCGGCUCAGUUUUCGAACAUAGUUUCCGUGUAUAUUCCAGUGAAGUUUCUGAAAUAACAAAUAAAUUAACAAACUGAUAUUUGUGUAAAAGGAAUUUAAAAAAAAUACGCUUUUGUCUGUGCAUUUUCGUGAAAAAGAUCUGGCAGGAGAGACAGCCGUACAAUGAUGACAAACAGAUUCGCUUGCUUUGCUGUGGCCCUUCUGGCCGUGUGUCUGCUGGCCAUCUCGAGCACCGAGGCAGCACCAAUGCCCAGCCAGAGCAAUGGAGGAGGAGGCUACGGCGGCGGCGCUGGAUACAACGAACUGGAGGAGGUGCCCGAUGACCUGCUGAUGGAGCUGAUGACUCGCUUUGGACGCACCAUCAUACGGGCCCGCAACGACCUGGAGAAUUCGAAGAGAACUGUGGACUUUGGCUUGGCUCGAGGAUAUUCGGGCACCCAGGAGGCAAAGCAUCGCAUGGGUCUGGCUGCGGCCAAUUUUGCCGGCGGCCCUGGACGAAGGCGGCGCUCUGAGACUGAUGUCUAAAUCUCUAUACGAGUAUAUCUGAGUAACCGAAUCCUCUGAACAUAAGUGGACGAGUUUCCCCAAUUUUUCAGUUCACAAUUUUCAAUCAUUCUUCAGGACUUCAUCUUCGGAUUUUGUUUGUUUUGUUUUUUGUUUUUUAUGCAUUGUACAUACAUAAAAAUAUAUAUUUAUUGUGGAUCGUGCAGUAUUACUGAAUAAUAUUAAUUAAUAUUUACAAGAUAUCGGAAUCUACAUAUAUAUACAUACAUAUUAACACCAGAACAACCAAAUAAAAACGUUAAACUGUUGCUCCAAAAAUCAAAAACUCAAUUUUAUAAGCGAUUUAUUCUCGCGUUGCUCUCUAUAAUACUCUCUUCCUCUCUCUAUACUCUCAGACUCGUCUAAAAAAUUACCAAAAAAAGUUAAAAAAAAAUAUAUAUUUAACAAAAAGAAAUACAUAAAGUAAAUAACUCAAGAAGUAUAUAUGUAUUCGCGCAAAAAAUCUUUAACUAGGUAUGUCUUACAUAACCGCACAACACGAAAAAAAUGAAACGCACACGAAAACAUUUGAAACCCUUUUUGGCCCCCAGCCCCCAAGAAAUUAUGUUUAUUUACGCAGAGAUCCGAUCCGACCCCCGAAAACAUAAAAGGUUAUGGAACGGCUAACACGAUCAUUUGUGAAUCGGUUAAAUCGGGCCUGCAGGCGACUUUUAAAUGUAUUGUAAAUAUAACAACAAAAACAAAACACGCGUACAACUAUUGCGAUAUAUAAAAAGGUAUAUAUAUACAAAAAAAAAACUCUACUUGCAUAUAUUGUAUUGUAUCAACUAUUGUGUCUAUGGAAAAAUGCUGCAUACAUAAAAGAAAACGUGAGUCGGGACACGAUUAAAUAAAGUCUUACAUUUAGAGAAACU